GCAUCAGCUGCUGUGCCUCACUCACGAUUUUCUUCAUUUCUGAUCAUUCUCUCGUCGUUUGAGCUUUCUGCCGUCCGAAUUGAAAUGUUCUUACUUGUCGCUCGUUAUUUGCUAUUUUAGCGUCUGUUUCGUCGAGCAUUUAUCCAGCUGUCAGUGACCGUAUUUACGUGACGGCGUUUUCAUAGGUGGUGGUGCAUGCUUUUAACAUCCCAUCUACUCUUGUCAGAGGAUCAUAAUGGCGAAUGACUAUCUGUGUGGGCUCUUUCGCAGAAGAGCAAGACCCACCCAAAGUACAACUAGAGAUGAAGGACUCAGGGGAGUUGAGUUCUCACCUCGAUCGUCAAUGGCGAGUUCAACAGACGCGCAAGAACCAGCGCCCGUCGCGUCCAAUUCAGCACAAGCGACCCCUGCUACGACAAACCUCGACAAUCCAGAGGUAUCUGGUUACUAUUCACCACCAGCACCUAGGCCAGCGCCUCGGCCAGAACCCUUCAGAGAAGUGAGGGGUUACUAUGCUCCAGAGCCAGCCAUUAUUCCUAUUCCUCCUCCACGUUCUAAUGCUCAUCCUAAGAAGACGACAUACUCAUAAACUUGAUGGGAUUUCUCUACGAAUGUCGGGGUCGAAAGUUUCGCCUAUCAACCAUAUUCCUUACCCAGUGCAUAAUCAAAUAAGCAAUGGUCACAAUCUUGGAGCAUUAUAAUAGCCUAAAGCUGAUAGUGACCUAUCCACUAUAUUUUAGUAGAUAAUUACUAUCACUCAGGACCUUGGCCACUAAAAAACGCCACAUGGUGCUUAUCCGUAUCUUUCAGUUUGCACACUUCUAGCCUUUUAACCCUGACCUUCGUGCCCUGUUGGUAAUUUAUUAAAAUCACAUGGGAUGUUUCUGUGCUAAUAGGGCUAUGAUUUCAUGAGGCCUAUGCUUAGUGUCACGAUUCCUAAAAGAAAAUUGGGAAAUAAAGUCGCCGACACUUCAAUAAUGAGACGAAAUUUGGCAGUUGGAGCAACCUAAUGACUCAUAUGUUUUACGACCACCGAGGUUUAAUGACGGGCAAACAUCACUAUUGGCUUCUCAAUAUACAUAGCUCCUAUGUUUGGUGAAGUCGCCUUGGAUAAGUGAACGGAUCCAUCUUGUCUAUAACACAUACACUCUUCUUCGGGGUAUGAAUAUUAUUAUUUUUUGUUAA